CACCCGUAUAGACAUAUUGUAGCCUAAAAGCCGCGUAGCAGUUUCGUGGAUGUGGGCGUACGGGCGACUUAGAGGUCGUAAUUAUGUAGAUUACAAAUUGACGAACGAUAAGUUAUGGCUGAGGGAGGUGACCAACUAUCUAUACAGGAUGGUUCCGAUGCCUAUAUUGCAUUUACAUGUACACCGUGUAGUGAAGAGGGAACCAGCGAAGAGGCCUUCAAAUAUUGUCCGGAAUGUGACGAAUAUCUUUGCACAACUUGCACGAAAUACCACCGUAAGAUGAAAACAACACGUGACCACAAGCUUGUUGACAGAGAAGAAGGAAAAGACAAGUCAAAGGUCACUACGGUAACAACGAAAAUAAAAUGUCGACAGCAUCCGGACAGAGAAAUAGAAAUGUAUUGUGGUGCACAUGAUAUGGUCUACUGUUUGAUGUGUAUCGCCACAGAACACAGGACAUGUAGAGAUGUGACUAGUCUAACAGAUGCUGCAGUCUCGGACUUUCAGCAAAAUGAAAUUGAUCGUCUGCAAGAAGAAUCCAAGUCUAUUAAUGAGCUUCUACUAAACGUGGAGAAAACGAAACAAGAGAAUGUCGUAUUACUUAAAGAGAAAAGAAAACAAAUUCAGAGAAGAGUUCAAGAAAUAGAAGAUAAUCUUAUAGAGCACAUCAAAACCCUUUCAGAGCAAGCAAAUGCUGCCCUCGAGGAAACAUAUUCUAAGGUCAAGGACGAGCUAGAAUCAGAUAUUGCCGUGGUGAAUCGUAGAAGGUCAGAAGUGGAGAAGGUAAAUGAACAGCUUCAUUCAAAGACGGAAGUUAAUCAGGAACAACGGUUUGUAAAAGCCAAACUUUGUCAGCAGAUAAUAAAUGACGCAAAAAACUUACACGCAAAAAUUGAAUCGGGUGGUCAAGUAUCAGUUGAGUUCGAGGAAAGUUCAAAUGUAAAGGAACAGUUCUUGGAAGUCAAGAGUCUAGGAAAAAUAGAACAAUUUCGUAUAAGUAGAAAGAGAGAAAUACAACGCCAGAAAGAGGUGAAUGUUAAAAUGCAAAACGACCAGCAUACCUGUUGGAUAAUUGAUAUUUGCAAGCUUGAUAGCGGACGUUUCAUUUUGGCAGACGCUUUUAACAACAACGUAAAACUAAUGGAUACUGAUCAUAAUGUCACCGAUCACUUCAAUGUUCAAGGUCAACCGACUGGCAUUUGUAAAAUAAGUCAUAAAGAAGUAGCGGUAAAGUUGGAUACUAACAACAUAGAAUUGUUGUCAGUAGGUUCUCAUAUUUCUAAACUUAGAAAUAUUUCUAUUAAUCAAGGAGGUAACUACUGGGGUGUGACUUAUACAGCUGGAAAGUUUUGGGUAGGGACAUCAUCAGGUAUUGACGUGUACAAGAUAAAUGGGACAUUUGAAAAAUGCGUUGCAUUAGAUACAGUUGGUUUGGAAGGCAGAAUGAGACAAAUGGCUAGUUUUCAAAACUCCGUAGUUAUGGCUGAUCAGACUGAUGGCAUCGUCUUUUUGAAGAGCGACGGUACGAAGAAGGCGGAAUUUCGUGAUAGUAAUCUAAAGAGAACAACUGGUGUAUGCGUAUUGUCUGAUGGUACAGUGUACACUUGUGAUGACUUGUCCAAAAAGAUCGUCAUGUUCAACCGGAAUGGGAAAUGUCUCGGAAAACUGGUUCCCAAUGGCACCAGUGGGAAACGUCCAGAAUCGCUGUGCUACGAUGAUAAAAACAAUUGUAUAUUAAUUGGUUAUUACAGUCGCAAUACAGUUACUGUGCUUUAUUUAAGUGACUGAGAACUUGAAUGUGAACUCGUACUAAAGAUACAUAGAGUGAGAAGACAUGCAUGCACAGUAAGACAAACACAAUUUAUUUCAGUUUGAACGUUUCUUGCCUUUGCUUAUGAGUGCAAUACAGUGAUAUCGAACGUGACAUAUUGACCCCUAUUGGCCCCUAGCUGUAUUCGAACCUAUGUCAUACUGGUUAAGCGGCCCAUACCGUAUCCAAAAGAUCAACAUGAUCCAGGAAUGAUAUUAUGUUUAAUGCAGCCACUUUUACAUUCAAAUGACAUUGAUGUAUUACUAAUGCUUUUUCUUUAAUUAUCAUUUUUGUACAAAAUUAUGCAAUUGUUAAUUAAGUAUAGUUGACUUCCCUGGUAUUAAGGUAAUUAUACUGUGUUUGAAAACAGGUUUUGAGGUUUCCUAUACUCGUGUACUGUUUGCGAUUAGCGUAGGGACGGAAGAUGUACAAGAAUUACUGACAAUAGGCUAUCACAGUAACCCCGCCAUCUGCCCCCCUCACUAUAACGCUCUGUGAGAUAAGCUUUAACGAUAACAUCUUCGUCAAACAACAUGCAAAUUAUAUAAAAAUUAAAUUAAAAUGUGAAAUACAUUCAAAUGGUGUCAUUAACGCUUACAUUAUUGAAAGAUAUGAAUUACUGAAACUUUGACAUCAAAAGGCAAGAAUGUGUAAUAACUUACGUAUUCACAUGCUAGGGAAAUAUGUAAUAAAAGAACAUAUUCAUUUUACAACGACUGAGUUCAUUAUAGCCUGCAUGCUAGAUAAAUAGUAAUACAUAAUAUUCAUGCCAUUAAAUUCCAUCUGUUCAUACAACGAGUUUAAACCUUAAGCCCUGUUUACACAUUAAGCCCUGUUUACAUGCUUACGAACUGCACCGGCAAAAUGUGCACCCGCUCUAAUCUAAAAGUAAAUUUUUCGUCAUGAAGUAGCGCAGGGUGUGUUUUUAAGCCUAGGACGAAUAAGAAGAGUGCAGGCCAAUCAAACAGGUUAGACACUUAAAAUUGGCUGUAGAAAUAAGCUGAAUAACGAAAAGUGUACAAUAAAUAUCUUAUCAUGCUUUUUGUUUCAGUUCUAUGGUAAUAAUUUUGAACUCUAGCAUCACAUUCUAAAUAACUAUUUCUCCUCUACAUUUCUCUAUAGCAAGUCCAAUAAUAAAAUAUACUCUCAGUCUAUACACAAUCAUAUUGUUCUCCCUUGCUAAUGAAUUUUAUAAUCCAAAUAGCUAUCCCAACCAAAUACUGGUACCCGCCUUUAUAUAAGUCUAAAUUUUUCGUUAUAUGAACCAAAUCCUGGUACCCUCCUUUAUAUAAGUCUAAAUUUUUCGUCCUGUGAUCCAAAUCCUGGUACCCGCCAUUAUAUAAGUCUAAUAUUUCGUCCUGUGAACCAAAUUCUGGUACCCGCCUUUAUAGAAGUCUAAAUGUUUCGUCAUGUGAACCAAAUCCUGGUACCCGCCUUU